CAACCAAGAACUCCAGGGAAGCCGCCAGUUUUCAGCGGAAGCCAGGGAUUCCUAGGAUAUCAGUUUUUAAAGAGGAGCCCAGCAACUCGCGAGUCAUCCGCGAGCCAUGGGGAAAGGCAGUAGAGAUGAUAGGAUCAGCGCAUUGCCUGAUGACAUUCUGGUCAACAUUAUUGACCGACUCAAUGUCCCAGAUGCUGCAAGAACCAGCAUCCUAUCCAGGAGGUGGAGUCAGCUCUCUGCUAAACUCUCUCGGCUGAUAAUAAAUGCUCAGCACUUCCUACCUGAGGGCGUGUCAAACGUCAACGUGUCUGAUGAUGAAAUGGUUCGGGUGAAUGCUGCUGCAGUUGAAGCGACAAAGAGCAUACUGACAGGCAGAAGUCCAGGUGAACACACCAUCCGCUUCCUGUCUGCUGCGUUCUACUUGAGAGAUGAUGUCCCCAUAUCCAUUGGACAAGCUAUUGGUCAUGUGAUGGAGACACACUUGGUUGAGAUGGUCCAGUUCAGUGUUAUGACAGGGAAGGUUGGCACCGAUGACCUCAAUGAUGAUGAGCUGAUCAUAUGUGGGAGAGAAUUCAUGCGGUUCUUUGAUGCCUGUCAAAAUGCAUUUGGUGGUCUCACUAGUCUUGACAUAGAGAAUUUGAGAUUUGGCGAAUCAGACAUACCCAACAUCCUCAUCACUUGCAAGCGGUUGAAGCAUUUGCGCAUGCUCAAUUGCGACUCGGGUGAUCCCAGUGCGCUGAAAGUUGAGCAUGCUCAUCUAAGUGAACUCAGUAUCAUCAAUUGUUUCUUCGAACAAGUUAUGUUGAACUGGCUCCCUCAACUCACACAGAUGACAUUUGAUGGUUGGAUAAAUUACCAAGAUCCACUAGUUCUUGGCCAUGUCCCAUUGCUCGAGACUUUAAGCCUCACAAAUACUGGCUAUAGUUUUCACAACCUGGUCAAGUUGAGUGAGUUUAUUAGCAGUACCUCUAUACGGGAUUUGAAGUUGGGAUUUAGAUCCGAAAAGAUUUGGGUGCAGCCAGAAUGUCCAACGGAAAGUCUGGCAUCUGUUUUCUGCCAACUAAGGUUUGUGAAUCUGGUUAAUCUUCCUGAAGGGUGUGAUCUCACAUGGACAAUGUUUAUUCUUGAAGCUGCGCCCUUACUGAAGGAGCUAUACAUGACGGUAUGGGACCAUGCAUGUAUGAUGGAAACAGAUGAGGAGACGAGGAAAGAAGAAAUGUAUAGCGAGAACAGGGGUGUGGAGUGGGACUCAUCUGCAUCUGAUUUCAAACACCACAGUUUGGUCACACUCAUCAUCUUUGGCUUUGAAUCUGAAGAUUACAUGGUGAGUUAUCUCAAACGUGUUAUGGAAGCAGCGGUGAAUCUAGAAGACGUGUUCCUCUAUAGUAGUUUAGAGUGCAACCACUGCGAUGCUAAGCCGGCCAGGUUCCCUCGGACUAAAAGACAGAGGAUGUCACUGAAGAAAAGAGUUACCGCAGGAAUUGAGUCGUUUGCCAUCAUUCACUCUAGUCCAACGUUGAGGGAUGAUCAUCUAGCAAAGAUUGUGUACCCGGAGUGUUCACUAGAAAUAUCGAGAACAAUGUUGCUAAGGCAGUAAGGUGUUGGGCAUGUUUCUUAUGUACUUUGAAUAAGAGCUCCUAAGUUAUUUUU